CUAAUGAUAGUGGAUUCUCCAACUCCUCCUCAAACUCAGGAUGUCUCUUUAUUUAGAAGGCCAAAAGUUUAUAUUAUUGGUGUUGGAAUGACAGCGUUCACAAAGCCGCUUACAUCUGGCAAGGAUUAUCCAGAAUUGGUUAAAGAAGCAGUUGGCGAAGCUUUGAGUGAUGCUGGUGUAAGAUAUGAACAAAUUCAACAAGCAACCGCUUCCUACAUGUAUGGAGGAUCUUGUUGCGGUCAAAGAGCAUUAUAUGAAAUCGGAUUGACAGGAAUACCUAUAUUUAAUGUUUUUUUUGUUUAA